AUGGCGGCACACAUUGGUGUGCUGAGGCAUGAGCACAUACAGAAGCGGCUAUUGUCUGAGGGGACAUUAACGUUGGAGAGGGCGGUGGAGAUCAGUGUGGCCAUGGAGACGGCAUCCCGAGAUGCGGCGGAGGUGCGAGGCAUGACGCACGCCAGCGAUGACGGUUACUCAGAGGAGCCCAUCUUACACCAUUCGGAUUUGGGUACAGUUAAGCACAGCUCACCCAUCUAUGUACAUCCCAGGAUUGAAGGAGAUAAUUUCAGUAUGGAGCUGGAUACGGGGACGUCAGUGUCGAUCAUCUCGGAGAUGGACUAUAGAAACUCCACGGAACCGAUAGGUGUUAACCUCGAGAAAUCAGGUGACAUCUUGCGCGCAUAUUCCGGUCACCAGAUUAAACCAAUCGGGAAGCUACAUGUUACUUUUCAACUAAAUGGACAGGAUGAGAAGUUGGACUUGCUGGUUGUACCUACAGAUAGCCCGAGGUUGUUUGGUAGGGACUGGCUGGCCAAGCUGUGCAUGAAUUGGCAAGAAGUCACGUCGCUCAAGGCACUAUCGACCAAUAGCUCCAAGAGACUGGAAUCGUUAGUGGAGAAACACAAGGUAAUAUUCCAGCCCGGAAUUGGAAAACUGAAAAACAUCCAGGGUUCCCUGACUUUGGAGAAUGAUGCGAAGCCUCGAUUUCAGAAAGCUAGGACAGUGCCUUAUGCGUUCAGGUCCAAGAUCGAAGACAGGUUACAAAACCUACAGCAAGAAGAUAUAAUCAAACCAGUCAAACACAGUAAAUGGGCCACACCCAUCGUACCGGCAGUAAAGAAAAACAGACAAAUCCGCAUUUGUAGAGACUACCGCAUGACACUGAACCCAGUUAUGUGUGUAGAUAAGUAUCCACUACCGAGAAUAGAAGACAUCUUCGCUAGUUUGGUGGGUGGACAAAAAUUCUCCAAGAUUGACCUAACCCAGGCGUAUCACCAGAUGGAAAUGGACGAGCAGUCGAAGAACAUGCUGGUUAUAAACACGCACAAGGGAUUAUUCCGUUACAACCGCCUAGUUUUUGGUGUGUCAAGCGCACCUUCACAGUGGCAGAGAGCAAUUGACCAGGUCCUACAGAACGUUCCAUUCACACAAUGUAUGCUAGAUGACAUCAUUGUGUCCGGUUGUUCGAAUGAUGAACACUUGAGCAACCUGAAGAUGGUGUUUUAA